AUGUGUAUGCGUUUCCUGCGUCAGCGUGUCCUCCGUACUGUAUUUUGGAAAUGAUUUCGUUCGAAGAUAGUGUUGUGUACAAGCGAAAGGCUGAAGUAUUUGAAAUUCUCCCGCAGUGGAAAACACGUGUGUUGGAGCUGCACAGAAAUGAUUGUAAUGUGCAAGAAAUUAAAUCUUUAAACAUCCUUGUUGAUGUUAAAUCAAGGGAGGAGUUUGGACAGUGGUUGGCUCAGUUUGAAAACAUAACAAAAACAACUUAUACAAUAAGGUGCGCUGAACCUGCAUCAGGAAAGUAUGUUGUUUGCAAACAAAGGCUGGUCUGUCACCACAAUACUCGCAGUAUAAAAGUUCACGGUUCAGUGCAAAGGGCAACAAAAAACACUGACUGUCCAUCAAAAAUGACAGUGACAAUUCACACUGUGCAUGAUAGAUACAGAGGUAAGUCUGUAGAGAAAGCAAUGCUCUACAAGGAAAUGCCGUGUGAGGUUAACUUGGUGUUGGGUCAUAACCACAGUGUUGAGAGUGCUGCUGCUUUAAGAUUUAGACAACCAUCAAGUGAUGUCAAAGAAAAAUUAAUAUCCCUGUUUGAAAGAGGUCAUUCACCAGCCACUGCUCUUGAGUCAAUAAAGGUUGAAAUUCAGCUGAAUUGUUCAGAUUACCCUUUAGUCCUUGCAGACAGAAGCAGGUGUCCUGAUUACAACUUUUGCCACUAUUUGUUCAACAAAGUUUUUAAGAAAAAGUAUGGGCCAACAGACUUGAACAAAGAAGGAAAGCAGCUGUUACAACAGAGGUUAGAGGAAUACAACAGCGAAGUUGGAGCUGUGUGUGCCAAGAUGAUUCAGUAA